GGUGGUCCCGCUUAACCAUUCUCGUGAAGAAAAGGAUAAUGUACCCAUUGAAGAGUAUAGAGAGCAAACAUAAUUCACAAAGAAGAAACAGACACAACUUUACUUUCUUGAUUUUAUAGCUUUCUCCAAUGGCCACUCCAGUGAAAGUGUACGGACCAACAUUAUCAACAGCAGUGUCAAGAGUUCUAGCUUGUCUUCUUGAAAAAGAUGUUCCCUUUCAGCUCCAACCAGUUAACAUGGCUAAAGGGGAACACAAGAAACCUGAUUAUCUCAAAAUUCAGCCCUUUGGUCAAGUCCCAGCUUUUCAAGAUGAGGCGAUCACUCUGUUUGAAUCCAGAUCUAUAAAUAGGUACAUAUGUGACAAAUAUGGGAGUCAAGGGAACAAGGGACUAUACGGAACAAACCCGUUAGAGAAAGCAUCUAUAGACCAAUGGAUAGAGGCAGAAGGACAAAGUUUCAAUCCACCAAGUUCAAUUCUUGUAUUCCAGUUGGCUUUUGCACCACGAAUGAAGCUCAAACAAGACGAGAACUUGAUCAGACAGAACGAAGAGAAGCUCAAAAAAGUGCUUGAUGUGUAUGAAAAGAGGCUCGGAGAGAAUCAGUACUUGGCCGGAGAUGAAUUCACAUUGGCCGAUCUCUCUCACCUUCCAAACAUCCAAUACCUGGUGAACGGAACAGACAGAGCAGAGCUCUUCACUUCAAGAAAGAAUGUGGAAAGGUGGUGGGGUGAGAUAUCCGGUAGAGAAUCAUGGAAGAAGGUAGUUGAAAUGCAGACCUCACCCGUUCCCUCCUAGGACUUGUUCAAAUCAUUUGCUUUCAUAGAUCAUAAUGUUGUGUUUCUUGAGAUAUUCUGAGUGGCACUUUCUUCAGUUAGACUAGCUACAACUACUUCUGUGGGUUGAAUAAUGAUAGUUUACCGACAAUGCAUCAAGGAGAUUAUGUUGAAGUUUAUUUGAGAUGUGAUCUAGAUAUUGUGGGAUAGUUGUGAACCAAUCGUAGUAACUCUCCUACAAGGAUAUUUUUUUUCUCGGAAAGAUUAAUUGUCGCACCUCGAAUAUCUUUA